AUGGGUUUUCCGGUGGGGGUGAGAUUCAAUCCCACGGAAGAGGAACUCCUGAGCUAUUACCUCAAGAACAAGAUUAUGGGUCAUCCAUUAUCAGAUUUUGAAACCCAAUUCUUGAUUGAUAUCAACAUGUACGGCAAAAAGGCCACUCCCUGGGAAUUGUUCUGUUCCGGUUCCGACCAGUUUAUCCCAUGGCUUCAGUCGGUGGACAUCUCAAACAAAGACAAGCAUUCAGAAGAAAUCCUUUACGUUUCAACCAAACUGAAAAGCGUAGGCAAGACCGACAAAUCGGAGAACAAGCACAAGUGUAGAGUUGCCGGAUGCGGAACCUGGCACGCUAACAACACAAAACAGCCCAUCACCGGGAUUGAUGAUAAUGGAGAAUCCACAUUGAUCGGAUACAAGAGAAACUUCACAUUCAGAUCAGCGACUGAAGAAACGGUAGGACAAUGGAAUAUGACAGAGUACAGUCUCAAUCCAAAAGCUUUUGGGCUCACGAAAUUCAAUUGCGACGAUUAUGUCUUGUGUAAGAUCAAGAGAGAUGACAGCAAGAGUUCUUUCGGUGGAAAGCUGGUUUCCAGAAAGAGGAAGAUUUUUGAGACUGCAACAAACUCAAGAAAGAAGGUGAUAAAGUCAUCGCCAUCUUCGUCAUCAUCAAAGAUAUCAAGUUAUAGUGAGGAUGAGAAACAGAGUAUGAAUUACAAUAACCUCCAAGGCAACAGCAGUAAUGGAUUUCUACUGGACUCCAGCACUUCUUAUGAUCAGGAAGCAUUGCAGGAGACAAUUCCGGGUCUUGAAGAUUCAGAAACUGAGUUGGAAAACUAUUCGAUAUAUCAGGAACAGGAAGACUGGUUGGAAUUGGAGGAAUUGUUGAAACAAGGGAACCAAGACAUGGACUCGCUCCUGAAUACCCUUGAUAAUUGGCCUGCAGCAGCCUGUUGAUUGCCCAAAACAGUUGUGAUAAUCCCCUUUGAUCAAAGCCAAAUUGCAACCUGGAGGAAUUCUAGCAGCGUUCCCAAUGCUCAGAUGAACUAAUAUUUUGAAUCAGCAGAGUAGUAC